AUGGAAAGUAUUAAACAAUUUUUAUUGAAACCUUCUACUUAUAAUACAGUAGUCGGUAUAUAUGCCACAUUUCCAGUCCUUAUGAUACCUGCAUUAUUUGUAGUCAAUGCGCCUUAUGGUAGGUUUGCUGGAAAACUAGGCAUAGAAUGUAGUUUACCAGGGAAAUGGAGCUGGUGCAUUAUGGAAGCUGUAUCACCCAUUGCUUUCGGCAUGUCUAUUUAUUUGACACGGCCAACGGGUACACCUUUUCAAAUAAUAUUAAUAUCUGCUUGGAUGGCUCACUAUAUCAACAGAAGUAUAAUUCAUCCUUUCCGAGCAACAUCUUUGGCACCAGUUCAUAUUUUGGCGUUUGUAUCUUCAGUCGGAUUCAAUUUAAUCAACGGUUAUACCAAUGGCAUGUGGGUAGGUCGGCACAGCAAUAGCAUUUAUAGUAUCUCAUUCUGGUUUGGAAUUACGCUAUGGUUCACUGGCUUCGUCUCAAAUAUAUAUCAUGACAAUAUUCUCUUCAAGUUGAGGACAAAGAAGAAGGAAAAAGAAAAAAAUGAUGAGAAACAACAAGGUUUCAAUGAUGCAAAAGAGAGACCUGUCAAGAAACACUACUUUAUUCCUUAUGGUGGAUUAUUUGAAUAUGUCAGUUGUGCCAACUAUUUCAGCGAAGCAAUGGAAUGGUUAGGCUUUACACUAGCUACUCAAAUGCAAAGUACGCCUGCUAUCAUUUUCACUCUUUCAACAAUGGCCAACUUAUUUCCUCGGGCGUGGCGUACAAAUGCUUGGUAUAAGGAGAAGUUUGAUGAUUACCCACCUGAGAGAAAGGCUGUGCUUCCAUUCAUCCUUUAA